AUGGAAUUCCAGGGGUUUCCGCGAAUCCAUAGUAUAUUUUAUGCAGUAUUUGACAUUAUCAAGGGUACCGUAGUAAAACACCAAGUACCAGAAGGAAGUAUUACACCACAAAAUGGACCUGCUUCAGUGUCUGAUUCUAUCACCAUCGACCCAUCUACACACCAUAACAGCAGUAAAACCUUGAUUAAUUUUGAAGCCAUCAGUGAAUAUAUUAUCCCCAAGAAGCAGCUGUAUAAACGCCUUGUCACGAUUUGUACCAAUGGAUACAAGGUGAUGGGCUGUCCUGUCGUUUUGCACGAUCAUGAACGUUAUCAACACUUUCGAAAUGAGUUUCGAUUCAAUUUAUGCUUUGUGUUUGAACAAAAUGCAGAAACAAGUAGUUAUGAAGCUGUAGUGAGGAAGCUUUCAAGGGUGUUGGAAGGUCUCGAGCUAGAGUGUAAUUUUCUAUCAGAAGAGGUUGGAUCAGAAUCGCAAACCGUACAAAAUGUCAUUGAGCAAUUGUUUGAAGAUCUGAACAGUUAUUGCGAAUGCCAAAUUCCUAUAAAUGAAUUCAACACCAUCAACUUGAAACUAUUCCCAACAUAUCCCAAUCCGCAAACUGUAUACAACUACCAUGUACCUGUGUGCACUGUGGAUGUCAACAAGAUAAUGACUUCAAAUUGGGACAUUACAGUGCAAAAGGUAGCCAGCCUCAUCAAUGGUGUCAAUCAUGUAAAACGUAUUGCAGAGCUAGCCAACGUGAAACCAGAGUGGGCUAGACAGAGCAUGGAACACAUGAUGUACUAUGGGUGUAUUAUUAUGACAGAUAUCUUUCAAUACUCGAAUGUUUAUGCUGUAAAACCUGAGAUUACACGUUUAUUCGACGCUAAAUACGGACUUGCGCAAGAGUGUCUACGCUAUAUCAUGCUUCCCAAUGCACCAGAAAUUUCGAUUGAAAGGGUAUACGCUCUCUAUUGUGGCUUAAAGUAUGGUUUAACUGUGAAAGAUUGGAUUGAGGAACAGCAGUUGACACUACUGCAUAUCGAUGAAAGGCGCGUUAUCUCAUUUGGCGUGAUCAAAGGGCUCAUCUACCGAGUGCAUAAAUAUCCAAUUUUAACAAGCACAUCACAGCAAGAAAAUGAGCCAUUCCGAUUUCCAUCAAAACAGCAAUAUCACCGGGUCGUGAACAAGUAUACGGGUAUGUCUAUUCAUUCAGAUAUUAUACCAUUUCUUGAUGGCAAGCAUCACUACGAUGAGAUUUGCACGGAAUUAGAGUGUUCACCACAAGAGCUGGAUGAACAGUUGGGUUGUACACAGCAGAUGGAGGAUUCAAAUGCUACUACUAUGAAUGGUAACACUGAUAAUAUUGUUGAAACACUGUACGAAGGCAUGGCUGAAGAUAAACAAAACGAGGAUGGGCUUUCACAGUGGAGCGUUGAAUUCAUAUUUAGAUGA